AUGUCAUCCGCUAGCGGCUCCCAAGAACCCCCCAGGGAAGGGCGAAGAGCAUCCUCAGCCAGAGCAAAUGCGGAUCUCGACCCUGUCUUGCGCAACACCUUGCGAUAUACAGUCUCCGCCCGCGAAUACGCAGCCUUGCACAAAUACAUUCUAUCACGAUCCAAGGCGCUCCGCCGCGCAGCACCCACCCCAGCCAACGUCGACAAGGCCCUUCAGCCUCGGAAAGGCAAUGAUGAUUACAAUGCUAGGGCGGUGCGCCAUGCUCUGCGUGUCUUUGCCGUAUCCUGGCUGGGUAUGAAAGGCUGGGAUGCCGUGGCCCGGAAAGUCAAGGACAAGGAGGCGGCUGCCAAUUCGAAGAAACAGCCUUUUUACAGCUCUCCAGCUCUGAGAAUGUCGCUUUCGCUCUCUGCCAUUCUUCUGUUAUACAGAUGGCUCUUCCGCUUCCUUACUCGCUUGCGAACCCACCUUCUCCAGCCCGAAGUCGAGCCUUUCCGCCUUCGUAAUCCGCGCACUGCUGCAACCCUUACCUCGCCUUAUGCGCCCGCCUUGGGAGCCUCGUUCGCAGGACUUGCACUAGGUAUAUACCCUCGCCGGCAGUUGCGCGUCACCAUUGCCAUAUACAGCUUAUUCCGCGCCCUCGAGUUUGGAUGGAAUGCCUGCGAAGCGGAAGGCUUGAUAUGGGGUGUCAAAAAUGGUCGUCGAAGGGAGAGACCUUGGUGGUUUGGAAGCUGGAUGCUGCAGCCAGUGGCCUUCGGCCAGCUUUUCCACGCCUUCGUUUUUGACCGCGACUGUCUCCCAGAGCCUCUUAGCAAGCUAGUUCUGAGCCAAUCCGCUGGAUACCUGCAAACUCGUCCGCAAGACUGGCCUCAGCAUUUGAAAUGGCCAGCGAUGGACCAAAUAGUUGACAGCCUCGCCGAGAUGGCUCGUUUAUCUUGGCCGGCAUAUAUAUCACCAACUCUUUUUCCUACGAAAGAGAAAGUUCUUCCACCGUCACUUGCGAGCCUCGCUCCUUUAACAUCAAGGGCACACCCUCUCAUCAGUUCUCUCUCCUGCGCUACCUUACAUCCUUCCGACCCAUCCUGUUUGCGGACAUAUCUCACAUUCUGGAUCAACACGUUCCCACCUCUGACACGUGUUCUCCUCUUAUUCUAUUCCGCGAUGACCGUUGUUCCUCAAUUCAGAUCCUUCUACCAUUCUCCUCUGGCGACCAUUAAUUCUAUCCUUGCCUCUGCGCUCCGAAUGUCCACCUUUGCCACCGGUGCGCUCUCAAGCGCCUGGGCAUCCAUCUGCUUCUUCCAAACUUAUCUUCCCCGCCAUGUCCUUGCCACUCAGCGAUACUUCCUUGGUGGCUUCUUUGCUGGUCUCUGGGCCUGGGUAGAGCGACGCCAUGGCCGUGGCGUCUUUCUUUACAGCGCUAGAGUGAGCGUGGACUCAUUCUGGAAAGUGGGCGUCAAGAGACGAUGGUGGAAGUCCAUGAAGAGCGGAGACGUUUGGGUCUUCGUUCUCGCACUUAUGGUCACGGGAGUGGUUUAUGAACGCGAUGCCCGAGCCAUUCGCGAAGGACAGUGGAGGAAGGGUGUAAGUUGGAUUCGAGGUCAAGGGUGGAGAGAUUGGAGUGCCGAAGAAGAUGCUGAAGAAGCCGAGGACAGGGAGAAGAAUCUCUGA